AUGACGACCGAAGAUGAAGCUCGUACAGAGCAACCGAGCGAGACAUCGCCAUUGCUAGGGAAACAAGCACCGAAACCCAUCGAUCCCAGCGACGGUAUUGCUCCCGAUAGUGCCAUUGCCAAUGGAGUCAUCGGAGAAGAGGAGGAUGGCGGAGACCUAGAACGACAGACCAGCCUAGAAGAAAGACAGAAACAGUAUGAGGGCCAACCGGAGAUGAGGAAGAAGAUGAAAGUUAUAUUUCCAGCUUUGACAAUUGGAGUUCUUCUAUCUGCGGCCGACCAAACCAUCAUUGUGUCCAGCUACGGCAAGAUUGGUAGUGAGCUCAAGGCACUCAACAACGUUUCUUGGAUUGCGACUGCCUACUUUUUGACUUUGACGAGUUUCCAACCGCUGUAUGGAAAGAUGUCGGAUAUCUUUGGCAGAAAGAGUUGCUUGUUGUUUGCAUAUGCUGUUUUUGGUCUGGGCUGUUUGUUCUGUGGUAUGGCUCAAGAUAUGAACCAGCUUAUUGCUGCAAGAGCUUUUGCUGGCAUUGGUGGCGGCGGUAUGACGACUGUUGUUUCUAUUCUCAUGUCUGAUGCUGUACCUCUUCGUGAGCGCGGCAAGUGGCAGGGCUAUGUCAAUAUCAUCUACGCGACCGGAGCCGGAACUGGAGCCCCAUUGGGCGGUAUUCUUGCAGAUUCGAUCGGCUGGCGUUGGGCCUUCCUUGGUCAAGUGCCGCUGUGCAUUCUCGCCUUUGUUGUUGUGGGUCUGGUCUUGAAGCUGCCCAAGAGAGAGCAAACCGACUGGAAGCAGAAACUCCGCCGUAUCGACUUCCUGGGUGCCGCUAUCCUUAUUGGUGCUGUUUUCACCCUCCUACUUGCCCUCGAUAGAGGUAGCAACGUCUCAUGGAAGGCCAAGAUCACCAUCAUUUCCAUCAGUCUCAGUAUUCCACUUUUCAUCCUCUUCGUCCUGGUUGAGAUGAAAGUUGCGAAAGAACCUUUUGCACCCGGUCACAUUAUCUUCAACCGUUCGUUGUUUGCAUGCUAUCUUUGCAACUUUUUCUCUUUCUCUGGUUGGCUUGCAGCUUUGUUCUACAUUCCGCUGUACUUCCAGGCUGUCGAUGGCCUUACUGCAACUGAAGCUGGUGUCCGCUUGAUUCCAGGUAUCAUUGCAGGUGUUAGUGGCAGUCUUUUUGGCGGCUUCUAUAUGCAGCGUACAGGCAAGUUUUACUACCUGACUGUCAUUGCAUAUACUUGCUUGGUUAUUGGAAUGACCUUUGUCUUCCUCUUCUCGGGAUUGGUUGCCAACAGUACUCUUGGAAUAAUUGCCGGCAUGUGUAUCUGCGGCUUCAGCAAUGGUAUCGGUGUCACUUCAACUUUGAUUGGUCUCAUUGCGAACGCCUCUCGCGACGAUCAAGCAGUCGCCACCGCCUGCUCCUACCUCUUCCGCAGCUUAGGCUCUGUAUUCGGCGUUUCCAUGUCUGCCACUCUUGCCAACCAAGCCCUGCGUGACCGUCUCGCAGCUGUACUCAGCAACGGUGAUGCAGCCGCUGAGAUUGCAGAGCGUGUCAGAGAAAGUUUGGCGUAUAUCAAUACCCUGGAGCCUGGUGUCAAGGCGCUUGUUAGAGCGUGCUAUGCACAGAGUACGCGUGCUGCGUUUGGACUGGAGAUUGGGCUUGUGGCUGGCGCUGCUGCUAGUGCGUGGUUGAUUAAGGAGAAGGCGUUGAGUAAAUAG